GAACCCAAUAACACAGAAUUGCAGAGAGAAAGAAGGAAAAGAAGACGGAUGAUACUCGAUGAGGAAAUACAAAUGCAAUUAGAAGCAAUGGAAGUGAAUCAAGAACCCACUAACGCAGACUUGCAGAGAGAAAGAAGGAAAAGAAGUCGGAUGAUACUUAAUGAAAAAAGAGAACAAAGACAAUUACAACCAGUACAAGAAACAACACAUAAUCAAGGAUAUUUGAGUUUAGGCCCACCUGAAGAGGAAUGUCCAUACUACAGUGCAAUAAUGUGGUGGGAAGAGAGAAUCAAGAAAAAGAGCACGAAAAAAAGGACCUUUUUCAACAUGUGCUGUCAAGACGGGAAAGUAAAACUGCCAAAAUUCAAAGAACCACCAAAGUUAUUAGCAAAAUUGUUGAAUUACUCGGGAGACAGGGGAGACAGAAGUGCUGCAAACUUUAGACAGCUAAUCCGUAUGUACAACUCAUGUUUUGCACUUACUUCAAUGGGCGCCAAAAUUGAUGCUUCAGUAAACACAAAUUCUGGGCCAUAUGUUUACAGAGUUAGUGGUCAAAAUCAUCAUCUCAUAGGGUCUCUUCUCCCGGUUGACGAAAAAAGACCAGCAUUUGCACAACUAUAUAUAUAUGACACUGCAUCGGAGAUAAGCAAUAGAACAGAAGCUGUCUGCAAGCAUAACAAAAGCCCGGAGUUAAAUUCUGAGUUACUCUCCAAAUUGAAGGACAUGUUUGACAAAAUGGUCAAUCAGGCUACUUGGUACAAGGGACAAUAAAAACAAGGCAUACAACAUCCCCACAUCAUCUGAGAUAGCCGCUCUUAUAGUAGGAGAUAUUGGCCACAACACUUAUGGAAGGGAUAUAAUUAUUGAGCACAAAUCAGAAGGAUUAAAAAGAAUCAGCGAAUUGCACCCAAGCUUCAUGGCUCUACAGUACCCUCUGUUGUUCCCAUAUGGUGAGGAUAGCUACCAUCUUGGAAUACCAUAUGACAA